GUGGUCGGAGGCUCUUCAUGGGGUCUCUAAUGUGGGUCCUGGAACCAGAUUCGGUGGUGACUUCCCUGGCGCCACCGCAUUCCCUCAGGUCAUCACCACCGCUGCUUCCUUCAAUGCGUCUUUAUGGGAAGAAAUCGGUAGGGUGGUGUCUGAUGAAGCCAGAGCAAUGUACAAUGGAGGGCAUGGCAGGAUUAACAUACUGGAGCCCAAACGUGAACAUAUUUAGAGACCCAAGAUGGGGACGAGGCCAAGAGACUCCCGGUGAAGACCCAAUAGUCGCCGGUGAAUACGCCGCCAGAUAUGUCAGAGGACUGCAGGGUAACCUCCCCGGUGACCGCCUCAAGGUGGCUGCAUGUUGCAAGCACUACACUGCCUACGAUCUUGAUAACUGGAGUGGGGUCGAUCGCUUCCAUUUUAAUGCCAAGGUAAGCAAGCAGGAAAUGAAAGAUACAUUUGAAGUACCAUUCAGAGAAUGUGUGAUGCAAGGGAAGGUGGCAAGUGUUAUGUGCUCUUACAAUCAAGUCAACGGGAUUCCAACCUGUGCUGACCCUAGACUUCUUCGUGACACCAUUCGUGGGGCUUGGGGACUCAAUGGGUACAUAGUCUCAGAUUGCGACUCUGUUGGAGUAUUGUUUGAUAAUCAACACUACACUGCCACCCCUGAAGAAGCUGCUGCAGAUGCAAUCAAAGCAGGUUUGGAUUUGGACUGUGGGCCAUUCCUAGGAAUCCACACACAGGGUGCAAUGGAUCGAGGUCUGUUGAAGGAGAUUGAUGUGGACAGUGCAUUAGUGAACACCCUUACAGUUCAAAUGAGACUAGGGAUGUUUGACGGAUCAGGCGAUGAUGUGUUUGGUAAGCUUGGGCCAAGGGAUGUGUGCACCCGAAGCAAUCAGGAGCUUGCCCUGGAAGCAGCAAGACAAGGGAUUGUUCUUCUCAAGAACCAUGGUAAUUCACUGCCUUUAUCCCCAAGACGCCACCGUAGUGUUGCUGUUAUUGGGCCUAAUUCAGAUGUAACCGUUACAAUGAUUUGGAAACUAUGCUGGGGUUGCUCCAACGUGAAUUGCAAGAAUGCUCAUUUGUUUGGUGAUGCCAUCACUGCAGCUCGCCAGGCAGAUGCAACUGUUCUGGUCAUGGGUUUGGACCAGUCGAUAGAGGCAGAGUUCAAAGACAGAGAUGGAUUGCUUUUACCAGGUUAUCAACAAGAACUUGUAACCAAAGUUGCUGCAGCAUCAAAGGGACCCACCAUAUUGGUGCUCAUGUCUGGAGGGCCUGUUGAUGUGUCUUUUGCUGAGCAUGACCCUAAAGUCACUUCCAUUCUUUGGGUUGGGUACCCUGGCCAAGCUGGAGGCACUGCCAUUGCUGAUGUGUUGUUUGGAACACAUAAUCCAGGAGGAAAGCUACCAAUGACUUGGUAUAAACAAGAUUACCUCUCCAAGGUGCCAAUGACAACAAUGGACAUGAGAUCAAACGAAGCAACGGGUUACCCAGGUCGGACUUAUCGUUUCUACAAAGGCCCCCUUCUUGUGUAUCCUUUUGGUCAUGGCUUUAGCUACUCUAAUUUCAUUCACACGCUCGCUACUGCUCCUGCAAUUUUCACGGUUCCAGUUGACGGUCGCCAUAAGAAUACAACUACUACUAACAAUGCAAUAAGGGUGACGCAUGCCAAGUGUGGUGGGCUUUCUCUUGGUCUACAAGUGGAUGUUAAGAAUACAGGGUCUAAAGAUGGGUCACAUACGCUGCUUGUGUACUCGACCCCACCGGUUGGUCACUGGGGUCCACACAAACAGCUGGUGGCAUUUGCGAAGGUGCAUGUGCCAGCUAGGACACAGCUCAGGGUGCCUAUAAACAUUCAUGUCUGCAAGUUCUUGAGUUGUUGA